GUGCCCUGGGGUUUCUCGUGCUCCUACAGAGGUGGGUUGGUGUUACCUCCCCCUCUUCCGCCGUCCUUUCCUGUUCAGGGUUCCGUUCCGAUCCUUUCCAUGGCGGCUUCCGACGUCGAGUUCCGCUGCUUCGUAGGCGGGCUCGCCUGGGCUACCGACGACGCCUCCCUUGAGCGGGCUUUCAGCACCUACGGCGACAUCGUCGAGUCUAAGAUCAUCAACGACCGAGAGACGGGGAGGUCGAGGGGCUUCGGGUUCGUCACCUUCCGCGACGAGCAGUCGAUGAGGGACGCCAUCAAGGGGAUGAACGGCCAGACCCUUGACGGCCGGAACAUCACAGUAAACGAGGCCCAGAACCGACGGAGCGAUGGUGGAUUCCGCAGCGGAGGUGGUGGGUACGGCGGCGGCGGAGGCUUUCGCAGCGGAGGCGGUGGGUACGGCGGCGGCGGAGGUUUUCGCAGCGGCGGCGGCGGCGGCGGGUACGGCGGCGGCGGCGGCGGGUACGGCGGCGGCGGCGGCGGUCGCCGUGACGGAGGCGGUGGGUACGGCCGCGACCGCGGGUACGGCGGUGGAUCGUCGGAUGGGUACUGGAGGAGCUAAGGCGGUCGUUCGCUUGCCGCGAUCGGAGGGCUGGGCUUCGUAGUUAUCUGCUGCUUUGGUUAUCUUUAAGUUUGGACUUGUCUGUUGUCUGGCGUCAUUUUGGGUCUUGCAGUAUUAGUAGACUGAUGUGUGGUUUGGCAGUCGUAUGAGUGGGUGUUAUUAUCAAAGAAUAGAAAAGAAAAGACUUUUAAAAUAA